UGAUAACCCCGUAAUCCUUCCACCUCAAAAUUAUGAAACUUUACCAAAACCUGGCAGAAAAUGUUAAUUCAAACCCUCUUCGUCCAUUCUAGACCAAAAAAUCAACAAAAAUGGGCAUGGAAAAGGGGAGAAAAGAGACUAAGAGAGAAUUGUUAUAAAUAGACGAACUACAAUUGUUGUACCGAGAUGGUGAAAUUUAAUGGUGGUCUGGGUGGUGAAAUUUAAUGGUGGUCUGGGUACCGAGAUGGUGAAAUUUAAUCGUAGUCUGCCUCCAUAUGUCGUACAUGAUAAUAUAUGUAUGAAACGCAAUACGAAUCCGUUAAUAAGAUUUAAGACGCAGUGGGUUUAAUAUAACCUAUAAAAAUACAUCAGUAGUAAAUAUUAACAGUUUAGUACGUGGAAAAAAUGAGAUUUAUGUAAUAUUACCUCCCUUGACACAUUAAAGGGAGGUGGUUUCUAGGAUUCAGACUAGUAAUUCUCUCCCCCAUUGUCUUAAAUAAAAUAUUAUGAUUAAAUACUUAGUCAUAGCUUGAUUCUUAUUCUUGCAGAUUAAAAAAUGGACUAUGUACUGGGAAUUGACUUUGGUACAACUUCAGUAAAAAUAGUUGUUCUGGAUCAUAUAACAAGUCAACAACUUUACUCGUCUAAUGUUAAGACAGAUGCUGAUGUUGAGAGCGUGAUUGGAGAAGCAGGCUAUGAACAGAAUGUAGGAAAGAUUUAUGAAGCUUUGGAAAAAUUAGUUCUCCAGAUACCUGAUGAAUUGAAAAAUAACAUCAAAACUAUAGGAGUAACAGGACAAAUGCAUGGGCUGGUUCUGUGGAAAACACCACAGGCCAGUGAUUUGGGUUUAAUGAAAUGUGAAUCAUCAAAUUUGUACACUUGGCAAGAUCAAAGAGCUAUCCCAGAAUUCCUGUCUUUGCUACCUGUUCCAGACAGUCAUAUUCCCUUAGCAACUGGUUUUGGCUGUGUGACUUACUUUUGGCUAUUACAGCACCAGCCACACAUGAUUAAACAUUUUGAUUGGUUAGGCACUAUAAUGGAUCACUUUGUUUUCUCAUUGUGUCGAUUAGAACAUCCAGCAACGACCAGUCAACUAGCAGCAAGUUUAGGAUUUUUUAAUACCCAGACAAAUACUUGGAAUAUUGAAAUAUUGAAGACACGUGGCUUUCCAGUUGAUAGAUUACCAAGGAUUGUAAAAGCAGGUACCAUUGUAGGACAACUUGUUGAUGAUUGGCAUUGCAUUAAAAAGGGUGUAUCUGUUUUAGCUGGACUUGGAGAUGUUCAGUGUUCAUUCCUUUCUUCCUUGUUGUGUCAAAAUACAGUAUUAAACAUGGGUACCUCACUACAACUUGGCUGUAUAGUUAAACAAGAUAACUUCAAACAACCAGAUUCAACAUACAUUCAACACUUUCCUUAUUUUAAUGAAGACUAUCUUGCUUUAGCAGCCAGUUUAAAUGGAGGAAAUGUUAUUAACCAAUUUGUUCAGAUGCUUGUCAAAUGGAUGAAACAAUUUAGUGUGGAUAUUAGUGAAAAUGAUGUUUGGGAGAAAUUAUUGAAAGAAAGUGAAAAUGUAACCCUAGAUGAACAUCUGGAAGUUAAACCAACAUUAUUUGGAGAACGUCAUGCACCAAGUGAAUUUGGUAGCAUCCUUGGCUUAACCCCUAAAAAUUUGAAUCUUCCCCAACUGUUUAAUUCAAUCUGCUUUGGCCUGAUUAAAAAUGCACAAGCAAUGAUGCCUGUAGAAUUUCUAAAAUCACACAAUAUUGAAAGGAUUAUGGGUAGUGGAAGCGUUCUUUCGCGAAAUCCAUUGAUAAGAAAUCACUUAAAAGAAGUAUUUAAAGAUUUUACGUUUGUUGAUGGUUUAGACUGUGAUUCUGCAACUGGUGCUGCCCUAUGUGUAAUAAAAUAUUGUCAAAAUUAAGCUGAUCUUUUUAUGAUAUACAUGAUUGUUUUGAUUUUAUGAUAUACAUGAUUGUUUUUUUAUAAAUGAAAUGAAAUGGGCUUUAGCGUCCUACUGUUCUGCUCCGACUGGACUAAUGAAGACGGGCAUAUGCCAUACAGUGUGUUAUGAGGGAUAUUUUACCUGGACAGUAGUGGCAUUACUGCCUACUCUUCCAUUGAAUUCCAACUGCCAAGGGAUCUUUUACUUGCAUGCCAAUAUGUACAUGCCAUGGGACCUUGGUAUUUGUCCCAUCUGAAUGACUAGACAGCUGUCCUUUAGUCGGGUAUUUUUCGGCUAAUAAUAAGUAGCAAUCUUGUUAAAACACAGAUGCUAUUUCGUUUCAUUUUUUAUAGUUUAAAAUGUUGUUUUACUUAAAAUAAACACAACAGUUCUAUGGAUAACAAUUACUAUAUUUAAUUAAAGCUACGUUUCAACAAUGAUUCUCUUGUCGUUAUCAAGCACAAUACUGAUACAGACAGAAGGAGUGAAAUAUAUAUACUAUGUACAAUCAAAACAUUCAAUGAAACCAUAAAUUAGGAGAACAGUGACCUUUGAUCUUAUAAUGAAACCAUAUGCAGAAAUAUAAACCUCUAAUCGUAAUGUACACAUAGAUGGAAACCACUUAAUUAAUAUGGGAUUAUAACCCUAGAUGUGUGAUAUGGACAUUGAUUGACUCUUGUGUGAUUAUAAUACCUAGCCGUACAACUGUAUACAAAUAUUUUUAUAUGUUAACAAGUUACAGAAACUGCUUAAUAAAUUGUUUUACU